AUGCAAAGGUGGGGGUUCUGGGCUGCAAUUUCCCUGACCCUCCUCUCUGUCCAGGCCUUUCCACAAACAGACAUCAGCAUCAGUGCAGCCCUGCCAGAGCUGCCUCGGCCUGCCCUGUGCCCCCUGUUCUGGAUGGAGUUCAGAGGUCACUGCUAUAGAUUCUUCCCUCUCAAUAAGACCUGGGCUGAAGCCGACCUCUACUGUUCUGAGUUCUCUGUGGGCAGGAAGUCCGCCAAAUUAGCCUCCAUCCACAGCUGGGAGGAGAAUGUCUUUGUAUAUGAUCUGGUGAACAGCUGUGUUCCUGGCAUCCCAGCUGACAUCUGGACAGGCCUUCAUGAUCACAGACAGGAAGGGCAAUUUGAAUGGACUGAUGGCUCAUCCUAUGACUACAGCUACUGGGAUAGGAACCAGCCAGCUGACGGCAUCCAUGCAGACCCAGAAGAGGAAGACUGCGUGCAGAUAUGGUACCGGCCUACCAGUGCUCUGAGGUCGUGGAAUGAUAACACCUGCAGCCAGAAGUUCCCCUUUGUCUGCAAGAUCCCAUCUCCAACCAUGCAUUGAUCCAGCCAGUCUUGCCCUUCUGGAGUGAGCUUAACUCCAGAAUCACCUUGUAGUUGUGCCUGGUGUAGACUUGAUAUUGAAUAAAUGUAAAAACACACAUGGGAGGUAAAUCUCUCAGACAGAGAUUUUAAACAAGUAAAUCUCAAUUACAAGGAGAUCAGAAACCCAACUCAAGCUGGCUUAA